AAUGUCAUAUAUCUUGAAUCCCCGGUCGGAACCGGUUAUAGUUAUAAAGACGAUAAGAAGUACCACAACACAGAUGUGUCGACAGCAGAGGACAAUCAUUUAGUUAUGGAAGCAUUUUUCGAGAAGUACCCAAAUCUGAAGAAAAACCCAUUUUAUAUAACGGGUGAAAGUUAUGCCGGAAUUUAUAUUCCAAUGUUAGCCCAACAGAUAUUCGUCAAGAAUUCCACAAUUAAUUUGAAAGGUGUUGCCAUUGGAAAUGGAUAUCUGGAUUUGGGUACAUUAGGCGGUCAACACAGCAUUGACAUGGAAUUGGGUCACGGAUUCGUUACAACAGAUUCUUAUGAGAAGAAGAUUGAGAAUUGCUGUGAAUGUAAGACCGGAGAAGUGCAACACGGAUGCGAUUUCUCUAAACCAGUCAAUGCUACCAAGGUAGAAAUAGAGGAGUCCGGCGGUGACAAUCCAUACAACAUGUACGACGAUUGUGGUGCGAGCGUUGCAUACGCUAAGCUGUAUAACAAAUAUUACGCCAAAGCGUCCAACAGAUCACCAAUGAGUCUGACCUCUAAUGACAACUACGACUGUCCGCACAACGGAUACACCGAUUGGUUGAAUUUACCGGAAGUACGGACAGCACUACACGUGCGAAGUGAUGACAAACAUGUGUGGGAUGACUGCGGCGGUCCUUAUUCUGACUUCGGUCGCGACCAACACUCGACUGUCACUGAAUUGUUAGAUAAAUAUAAAAUCGGAAAACUAGUCAUAUUUAAUGGAAACUUCGACACUGUCUGCGAUCACAUCGCUAAUCACCGGUUCGUCGACAGUCUGAACCUUAAGAAAGAGGGUUAUUUCACUUCGUGGAAAGAUACGGAGGGAAGGAUCGGCGGGUUUGUGCAGCACUACGAGAAAAACCUGAGUUUCGUGUUAGUCCGCGGGGCCGGACAUAUGGUCCCUCACGACAAACCAGAGGCUGCCCUACAGUUACUCAAGAAUGUGAGUAUAGUCCCCCACAGACAAUCAGUAUUAGCCGCCAAUGAAGAUGAGAUAAAGAGUCUUCCGGGUCUCUCAGAACCCAUUAAUUUUAAGCAAUAUUCGGGUUAUUUGGAUAUAACUGAAGGCAAACAUUACUUCUAUUGGUUUGUCGAGAGUCAAAAGGAUCCCGGGAACGCACCGGUAGUUCUAUGGCUGAAUGGAGGGCCCGGUUGUAGUUCACUGUUUGGAAACCUGGGAGAGAACGGACCCUUUCGAGUGAAUUCCGAUGGGAAGACCCUGGUGUUGAACCCUCACAGUUGGAAUAAAGUAGCGAAUGUCAUAUAUCUUGAAUCCCCGGUCGGAACCGGUUAUAGUUAUAAAGACGAUGAGAAGUACCACAACACAGAUGUGUCGACAGCAGAGGACAACCAUUUAGUUAUGGAAGCAUUUUUCGAGAAAUACCCAAAUCUGAAGAAAAACCCAUUUUAUAUAACGGGUGAAAGUUAUGCCGGAAUUUAUAUCCCAAUGUUAGCCCAACAGAUAUUCGCCAAGAAUUCCACAAUUAAUUUGAAAGGUGUUGCCAUUGGAAAUGGAUACCUGGAUUUGGGUACAUUACGCGGUCAGCACAGUGUUGAUAUGAAAUUGGGUCACGGAUUCGUUACAACAGAUUCUUAUGAGAAGAAGAUUGAGAAUUGCUGUGAAUGUAAGACCGGAGAAGUACAACACGGAUGCGAUUUCUCUGUCAAUGUUACAAUGUAA